AUGUCGGUCAAGCUGCGAUUUGACUCACCCUCAGAUGGAAAUCCAAUCCAGCGGAGUCGCUCCUUCACAGGGUUUGGAUCUCUGACGGGACGGCGCCAUCCUUCUGCUCGUAAUUCUCUGCGCUCUAAAGUGUUGUCUGAAAGAAAAAUUCCACGAGCCGCUUUGUCUCCCAGAAGAGGAUUCGGAUCCGUUUGGUCCCUGCAGCCAGAGGAUGUGGAUCGCAUCUUCCAGGCGCUACGUAAAGGCCUCAGGGAGCAUGUGCAGCGCCACCAGACGGAGAUGGAUUUCCUGUCAACACGCCAGAGAGAAACCAAAAGGAACUCUCGACUGGGCUUCCAGUAUGACCUGGAGAAGGAGAUCCGAGCCCAGGAGAGGUUCAUUCGAAAGCUGGAGUUUCAAAUCAGCAAGGUAGACGAGCUGUACGAGAACUAUUGCGUCCAGUGGCGCCUCUGCCAAGGAGCCGUCAACAUGAAAAGAGCCUUCGCCCUUGCGCCCUCCACGAGGCAGUCCAGGGAGAGCCUACUGGAACUGGGACGCAACCACAGGCACAGCGCGCAGGACAUGUCAACCAUGGAGGGAGAGCUGGAGGUCCUCCUGGGAGAACUUCACGUCAAGAUGAAAGGUCUCAUAGGCUUUGCCCGGCUGUGUCCAGGAGACCAAUAUGAGGUUACGAUACAGUUGGGCCGUCAGCGAUGGAGGAUUCGCGGCCGGAUCCAAGGUGAUGACGUCCAGUCCUGGGACGAGGAGGAGAUGCUAUUCCUACCGCAUAUCAACCACAACUUUGAGAUUAAGGUUUCAGAGGCCAAGGGUCUCGGCUGGCAGCUGGUGGGCACGGUGACCUGCGCCAGCGCACACUUCUUUGUGGCCACUCCCCAGCUCAUGGUGGUGGACAUCACACAACUGGGGACCAUCAAGCUACAGCUGGAGGUGACCUGGAAUCCUUUGGACGGCGGUGAAAAGGCGGGACUUUUGUCCAGCGCGCGACAACCAGGAUGGAGCAGGAAGACCUCGGUCCAAAGUUGGACCGCACCCAGUACGCCGUCCUUCUCCGAGAAGUAUUUCCAGUCCAUGAUGAAGGAGCUGCAGGAAGGAGGAGGCGGGGCUUCGGUCCCGCUCCGGGUGUCCAGGAGUGGGCGGGACAGGGGAGUGUCCUUAAUGAGCUACCUGUCCUACUCGUCCAUCGCGUCCAGUCAAUCGCAGGCCAAGACGCCACCAAGCGUCAGCAGCAGCGUGACAGGCAGUCACACCCAUCUUUCCCUCGGGGAGGAUGACGAGGAACAAGUGAUUAUGAGGAGGAGAAGGAGGCGGCUUGGUAAGGAACACGAAGAGGAGGAGGCGGCGUGGGGAGGACUGUUCUCUGAUCCUUCUCCUCUCCUGGAUGCUCACAGGUCCAGUACCCCCGACAUCCUCAAAGACAACCCAGCAGGAAGUCCCGUGGAGAACCAAGUCUCCCUUGAUGGCGAAGAAUUUAAAGACGCCACCCCGGAGUCGCCAGCUCCGGAGUCCCCAGCUCCGGAGUCCCCAGCUCCAGGGUCCCCAGCUCCAGGGUCCCCAGCUCCAGGGUCCCCAGCUCCGGAGUCCCCAGCUCCGGAGUCCCCAGCUUCAAGGUCCCCCUCUCCAGACUCCCCCACCACAGAGUCCCAGGCACCUGCACCCCCGAGCCCGUACGCCGAAGCAGGACGGUCAGGGCCUGGGGGCAGUGAGCGACGAGCACAGGCCCAGCGACUGGGGGCACUGCUGGCCGAGCUGGAGAGAAACUUCCAGAAGCGGAGCAGUUGCGAGGGCCCGUUAAGGAUCCUGGAGCAGCGGAUUCAACAUCUCAGUACCAUACUGAGGAACGACCUGUCCAUGAUGAGACGCUCGUCAUCAAAUGACACCUUGGCCGUGGAGGAGGUUCUCUGCAGCUUUGACUUCCUGUCACAUGAUGACAACAGUUCCUGUUUCGGAGAGAGGCGUUUAAAAGGACGAAACCAAAGUUCUGUCCCAAACAGCGCGACUUCUCCGAGGAGCGCCGACCCUCUCCAGCCUGACGACCAAUCUGCCGUGGAGGAGGAGGAGCCACCGGUCACCCCGCUGACUUGUGGGAACUGGGGCCUGGACCGGGCCCUGGAGGCACACCUGGACUCGUGCUGCAUCUUACUGGAGAUGUUGCCCAGGAUCGAUUUCGCUUUAGCUCGUGCGGAUGUUCUUGAGGACGUUUCUCAACAAGCUGGUGUCCUGAAUACAAUCAGCUGCUUACUGCUAGAGAACAAGGACAACGUCUCCACUGAAGAACUAUUCCCCGAGGAUCAGAAGAGUCCAGAGGUUUUGUCAUUCUGGGCUGACUGCGUGAGAGAUGCUGCUUCUUCUCCAUUCUGCUGCAACUCAGACAACUUUAUCAACGCACUCAGGCGGCGUUACUCGCACAAAAUCAAAGUCAAAACAAAAGCCAAGCAACCAGGACUCCCAGAAAAAGUGUUCCUGAGGCUUCUGCAGCAGGUGCAGGCGGCCAGCAGGGCGGCGCUGUGGCCCCCUCAGCCUCCGUGCGCCCCAGACCGCGUCAGCUUCUUCCAGCUGUGCGUCUACCUAAAACGCUGCCGCGUCCUGACCCCGGGCGAUCACGUGGCGCGCCUUGCCAAAGAAGAGCGCUUCCUGUCGGCCCUGACGGGUCCGGAGCGCAAAGGGGCACUAAGCAAGAUGACGUCUCGGGGCGCCGCCCGACUCCUGCCGCUGGGCUGCACGCUGCGAACGUUGGCGGCCCUCCAGGCGGACCUGGACCUGAAAGUGUGCCGGGCGGCAGCCCGUUGCCUAAAAAGGGCAGGCGCCUGUGCCGCCUUCCGAGCCAAGGCACUUGUUUACUACACAGAGAGUUUGCGGAGCACAGACGUGGCCACGCAGCGGAACUCCUGCUUGGCACUCAAAUGUUUGGCGGCCACAGAGAGUUUGGACCACAUGGUGGAACUACGCAGAUGUCCAGAUGAAGAUGUUCGAAAUGCUGCCAAGGAGGCCGUCCUAUCUUUCGGCAAAAAAGGUCAUGCGGCUUUCCUGAAGUUGGAGCAGUUGGACUUGGAGAUACAGGAGGACUUUUUCCAAAACUUGGAGACAGAGAUCACUUUUCUAUGA